CUCUGGGUUGGAUUAUUAAACAAUCACCGUAUUUAAAACCAACUUCAUGAUAUAAUCAAAUUAAGCAGCGAGAUUAAACCGCGAGCUCAGGAUUUAUUCUUUAUUAUCGUGAACUUGUUUUGAAGAACAAGUUCUAAAAUAUGAUUCCGGUGCUGCUGAUCGUGGCGUGUGGCUGCAGCGCGCUCGCGGCCGCAAUGCAAGCAAACUUCAGUCUGGAUAAUGACAUUCAGUCCAGCUUCAUCCAGCGGCGGCUGAAGAGCCAGGAGCGCAGGGAGAUGCAGCGGGAGAUCCUCUCCAUCCUCGGGCUGCCACACCGGCCCCGUCCGCUCCUGCAGGAGAGGCACACCGCCGCUCCCAUGUUCAUGCUCGAUCUGUAUAAUAACGCCAUCCUUGAGGACUCUUAUAAACCGGCGUACACCACCCCGGGUCCACCGAUGCUGACCCAACAGGACAGUCGCUUUCUCAGUGAUGCCGACAUGGUGAUGAGCUUUGUCAAUCUGGUGGAUCUAGAUGAAGACCCCAGUCUCUAUCAUCGGCACCACCGAGAGUUUCGUUUCGACUUAUCCCGUAUACCAAUGGGAGAAACCAUGACCGCUGCGGAGCUCCGCAUCUACAAGGACUUCGUACACGAGCGCUAUGAAAACGAGACUUUCCGUGUCAGUGUGUUCCAGGUGCUCCAACAGCAGCCCAAAAGGGAGCUGUACCUGCUAGACUCACGAGUGGUAUGGGCGGCAGAAGAGGGAUGGCUGGUAUUUGACCUCACGGUCACCACUAACCACUGGAUUAUAAACCCAGGUCAGAACUUGGGACUGCUGCUCUCUCUGGAAACUGCAUACGGUGAAAGAAUGAACCCUAGGAGGGCAGGUCUGGUGGGCAGCACUGGACCUCAGAAUAAGCAGCCAUUUAUGGUGGCGUUUUUGAAAGCAUCAGGAAUCCAUCUCCGCAGUGUUCGCUCAGCAUCAGGAAACAAACAGAGAGGCCACCACCGCUCUAAAAACCCCAAACCUGGUGCUGCGCCUAGCCAGGUGGCUUUGAAAACAGCUGAGGCCGCAGAGGGUGCCAGUAUAGACCCCAAACAGGGCUGCAAGAAGCAUGAACUCUAUGUCAGCUUUAGAGAUCUGGGAUGGCAGGACUGGAUCAUUGCUCCAGAGGGUUACGCUGCAUACUACUGUGAGGGGGAAUGUGUGUUCCCUUUGAACUCUUACAUGAAUGCCACAAACCAUGCCAUUGUACAGACACUGGUCCAUUUCAUAAACCCAGAAACAGUCCCGAAGCCCUGCUGUGCUCCUACUCAGUUACAUGGGAUCUCCGUUUUGUACUUUGAUGAUAGUUCCAACGUAAUAUUGAAAAAGUACCGCAACAUGGUCGUCAGAGCCUGCGGAUGCCACUAAUUACUACACAUGCCCUGGAAAAAAAAUAAGGGAUGCAAAUACUUUUCAAGAGCCCAGAGAGGAAAGAGACUCAUUACUGGAGCAAAACUGGACUCCUUUGUUAGAGGAGUGUACAUCCAAAACAUACAUUUUCAUUUAAAACUCAAAACUCCUGGAACUGUAUGAGGUUGACCACAGCUGAGUCAAGUGUGUGGUGUUCUGGCUUUCAUUUCUGCACAAAGAGCCAAGUUUGGAAUAUCAAAGAGGACAUGAGCAGAUACAGAGAGAAAGAAAAUGCCUUAGAGAUUUAACAAGACUGAUCAGGAAAAGGCAAUGGAUUUAAGCACAUUGCUUUAUGGAGACUUUUUUUUUUUUUUACAAAAAUACACUUGUAUGAUAGCAUGAAUUCACUAAAGUAUUGUGGAUUUUCUAAUGUAUUUAAUUUUUUUUAUUCUGUUAACAACAAAGCAUAACAUUGAGUUGAAAUGAACGGUAACAGGAAAAAGUAUCGAACACCUUAUGUGCUUCAAUGAAAACAUUCAGAAUCCUAAAUAUUUCUUUCUCGUUUUACAUCAUAACGUGCCUUUGUUUAAAAUUCUGGUGAUUUCCAGGUUUAAAUGGUGGUUAAAGACUUUUACACCCACUGUAUUUUGCACAAGAUGCGAAGGAGAAAAAAAAUGAUGGGUGUCUAUUACGGUGAGUCAAAGUGAGGAUUUUUAAUGUCACUCUUUCAGGACCCUUAAACAGAUGUUCAGCACUCGAUUAAACAGGACUGCAGCAAAUAUGCAACUCAA